CCAAUCAGCGGCAGGAGGCGCCUCAGCCAGCCAUCAUUGUUUAGUGUUUACACUCCAGCCUGACUUACACCUUUUGAUAUGUUGCGGACUUAUUGCACGAGAUGAGUGAUGAGUGCAGGGUGAGUGUGGUGUGUGUUGAAGACCAGGAGAGUGGUAACCCUGCAAUUGCCGCUGCUGCUGCCACCACUGAUAGAACAACUUUUACCACUGGUGCUACUGUUGCUGCUGGUACUACUACUUUUGUUGCUUGUGUUGCCACUACCAGUGCUGAAGCAGGUGGCAGUAGUGAUGCAACCAUAGCAUCUGUAUAUGUGUGUCUGGUGUGUGACAAACAUGUGAAGGAGGCACCAGCGUCACACAUCCAGCAGCUCCUCCAUGGCUCAGGUUCCUCCACAUCUCACCCACUGCAGGCCCCACUGGCCCCCCUGCUGGAGGAGGCCAUCAAGACACCCUUGCAGGAGCUUGAGAUAGAGUCACAUCGCCUGUGUCGGCGUUGCUUCCGCCUGCUGGAGGAGCUGGACGGACUGAGGCAGAGGUCUGAGGUGAUCAAAAACUCCCUCUCAAGCUGGUACAACAAGUCCCUGCUAAGACGUCUGAACCUACAAAAUGCUGAGGAUGUCAUUCUAAAAUCUGUGGAACCUGAAAGUGGAAGCUCAGCAACAAACAGCCAAAUCAAGAAUGUUGCUGAACCAAGCAUCUGUCUUAAGGAGGAGGCGAUGUCAGAUGAAGAUACGGAAAAUGUGUUCCGAUUCAAGGAAGAAGAGGAGGAGGAAGAGUUGAGGCCGGAGGACCAGGGUAUCCGGCCUGACGACCCAGAGUUCAAUCCAGCCUAUGAUAAUGCCUGGCUAGUGGGCUGGGGCAGUAGAGGGCGAGGCAGGGGCCGUGGCCGGGCAAGAGGAAGGGGUCGUGGAAGAGGCAGGGGAAGGAGAAAGGGAAGGGGCAGAGGUCCUGGAAGGCCACCAAAAAAUGCCAAAGAUGUUUUACCACAGGCUGUGGCAGGAGAGUCACUUGGAGAGAAGUUGGGUGAACUGGUAACAAAGAUGUUAGAGGGAGAAGAGGAAGAGGAGGAAAAUGAACAAGUGUCUUCUAGAAGAGAAGAUGUACAUGAGAUCAAGAAUGAACAAGAGGAGAGAAAGGACAAGGAUGACCAGGAGGAUAGUGAAGAAAUUCCUUCUAAAGCCCUGCAGGUGUCUCGGCCGAGGGGGCCUGGCAAGAGAGUGCCUGUCCUCUCUGAAAAGAUGCGCCUUAGUUUGGCUGAGAUCUCAAAGAGAAACCGUACAGCUACUCCUGACAGCUCAUGUACUGCCAGGAGGAUCACACCCCCAGGGGAAGAGGAGGAGGAGGGCAAGCCACAGCCCAAGAGACAAUACCGUAAGCGUCCCCGCAUCAUCCACUUGUGUAAGUUCUGCAUGAAGGUGUGCCCAACGGGGGAACAACUUAAGGAACACCAGCGCUCACACCGUACCAUCGAGUGCCAGUUCUGUGGCAAGGUACUAGCAAGAAUUGGUGCCUGGGAGAACCACCUACGUGACUUCCAUAAUGUUGAGAUACAGGUGCCUGGCAGUGAGGAUGCCCUGGGCCGUCCUAGAGAAGAAGUGACUUGCAGAGAGUGUGGCAAACAUUUCUCUUCUAAAUCAGCCCUGGCAUACCAUGCCAAGCUGCAUGCUGGCAAUACCUAUGCAUGUGACCACUGUGGCAAAGUUUUCCAUCACCCCAGCAACCUGCGCACUCAUCGCUUGCGCCACGAGGCAAAGAGCCAUGCAUGUUCCAAGUGUGGGAAACGCUUCCACACUAACUUUGCUUUACUGAUGCACGACAAUCAGACACAUCGCCUUGCCCGCUCCUGGCGGUGCAGCCUCUGCUCUAAGGCCUUCACUCGCUGUGCUGCCUUCAGGGAACAUGUACGCAUACACACUGGGGAGAAACCCUUUGAGUGUAGUGCAUGUGGCGUGCGUUUCAGGAAGAUUCACCACUUGAAAGCACAUGCUCGCCAACAUGGCCCCAGGGCAGGUCGUGGUGGCCCUUUGCGCUGCCUCUGCCCUGAUGCACUUUUCCUGCACCGUCUAUCUUAUGAAAGACACAGAAAAUACAAACACCCAGAAAUGACCCGUGGGGUGCCUCUGCUAGCUUCACCCAACCCUGACACACCAGACACAGACUCGGGGUUACAACGACAGUAUGUGUUGGCUGAGGGACGGGGCGACACAACAGCUAAUGAAGAAUACCUAGUAGGAGUGGAAGGUAUACAAAUGGUACAAGUGGAUGAUGGAGGGAUGGGUCUGGGUGGACAGGGUGGCCAGUGCAUUAUUGUUCUCUCUGAGGCCGACUCUGAUGUUAGAACAGGUGAGCCAUCUUUACACCACAGCACCACCACCACCUCCACCACUACUACCACCACCACCACCACCACCACCACCACCACUACUACCACCACAAUGGAGUUACUUCUAAAGCAGGAAGUAGAGGAGGAGGAUGAAUACAGAGACAGGAUAGGUGGACAUUUCCCAUCAACCGAAUUAGUAUCAGUGCCUGAACACAUACAGCUAGAAGGGUCUAUUACCCCUAACCACCUUCAGCAACUAUCAGUGGCUGGACUAGAAAGUGGACAGUUCCAGGUGGAACUAGAUGGAGAAACCUUUGACGUCUAUACAGUGCCAUCAGAGUAGUGUCAGAUCGUUAAUGCAUAUGAAUCUCAAUAUACAAGUGGGUUAUGCUCUUUGACUUGUCAUGAAUGAAAGCAUGUAAUUCAGGAACAACUGUAGAUUUUUAUAUUGGAUAUUUUCAAGUGAUUUUCAUUUAUUAACUCAUUUCUAUUAACAAAUGAAUUUUUUUGCAUUGAGGUCAGGGUAAAAGGCAAAUUUAUUUCAUUUGUGUAAAAGUAAAUUCUUGUCAAAAAUUUUUUAAAUGAAAUUGAUCUGUAAAGCUUACAAUCCUUCUGUGGGGGUUAUUCCUGUGAUGUGUCCUUCCUUAGUUAAGUUAUUGAUACUUAGAUGCCAUAUAUCCAUAAUGGAGUGGCUGCGAUAAGAUUCUCUAUAGAAAUUGGGAUUGUUAUUGUGACAACAGAAAGUUCAGGUAAGAGGGAGCUUCAUCAUGGUUUAAUUAAUGACUGGUUGGGUGAAGGGGAUUUUCUGGUGUAAAUCUUUCCCUCAUAAGCUGCAUUGUCCUGUUGUCAACAAAAGCAGCUGUGACAAAUGUUAUUUCUCUCUUAAACGCAAUAUUUACUAAUCAUGAAACCAUAUGCACUUGUUCAGGAUAUGCUUUUUAAUAUGAAAAUAAAGAUCUCUGUUUAUAAAAUUUUCACCUUUUUUUAGAAAUAAAUACUUAUAUUUAUGCAAAGAUUAA